CUUUUCAUUCUUAAAUAAAAUUUAUUCAAUCAUCUGAAAGUCUGAAUAAUUUCUUUCAGUUGUUUGAAAUGUUGCUAAGUCGUUUAAUCAAUCAUAGUAGGGUAUUUGUUGCCCCGUCUUUACGUCAUCUUAUUCGCCGGCAACAAGAAAAUGUCACUCUGCGUUCGUUUUUGACAUUUACCUUGCAACCGGCAGUUGUCAAAAGACACAAUUUGGUGCUAGAAAAUUCGAUCACAAAACAUUCUAGUCGUCAAUUUUCUUCAGCAAAAUUAGCCAUGGAGGAACAUUGCGUAGUGCCAGAUGUAAUUUCGUGUGUGCCACAAGAAGUAGUAACCGUUUGUUAUCCAAGUGGUGCCUCUGUAGAACAAGGAAAUGUUUUAACACCAACUUUAGUAAAAGACCAACCUACCAUUACCUGGAAGGCCGAUCCUAAUGCAUUAUAUACCUUGUGCAUGACAGAUCCUGAUGCACCUAGCCGUACUGAUCCCAAAUAUCGGGAAUGGCAUCAUUGGUUGGUUGGCAACAUUCCUGGAUGUGAUGUUUCCAAGGGAGAGGUCUUAUCGGCUUAUAUUGGUUCGGGUCCUCCACCAGAAACUGGUUUACAUCGCUAUGUUUUUCUGGUUUACAAACAGAGCGGCAAGCUGACAUUCGAUGAAAAACGUUUACCAAAUAACAGUGGAGAUGACCGCGGGGGUUUCAAAAUUGCUGCUUUUGCCAAAAAGUAUAAUCUUGGCGAUCCAGUCGCUGGCAACUUCUAUCAAGCUGAGUUUGAUGACUAUGUACCUAUUUUAUAUAAACAAUUGGGCGCAUAAGUCUCAGCUAGAAUAAAUAUAUUUAAUAUAUAUAUGUAUUUGAAAAUACGUAGUAAUUUUGUCAGAAGACACUAAAUUGAAAUAAAUAUUUAAUAUACGCAUUUCAUAAAAUAAAAUAAAA